UAAUUAAAGCUGUAUCCAGCCCAUUUCCCUCCCAAAACCUUAACACACUCACUCUAUAUAUCUCUCUCUCAACAUCUUCAAUUCAUCCCCUCUCACCACCACUUCACUCAAAAUGUCCAUUUUACCCUUCACCCUCUUUUUCCCCAUCUUGUGCAUUUCCAGUAUCCUUUCUGUUAUUGGUUCUACACCCAAUGCACAAACACUAAACACAAAUGAUAAACAUUACACCUUCAUCAACCCAAAGAUCACACCCAACACUCUCACCACUUCAAAAAAAUUCGAAGGCUCAUCCGAGCUAGUCAACCUUCGAUACCACAUGGGCCCGGUUCUCUCUUCACCAAUAAACAUUUACAUAAUCUGGUACGGUAAAUGGGCCCCGGCCCAAACACUGUUAAUCAAAGACUUCCUUUUAUCCAUCUCCACCACCAACCACCGUGCAGCACCGCCGCCCUCCGUCGCCGACUGGUGGCAAACCGUCUCUCUCUACACCGACCAAACCAAUGCUAACAUCUCCCGCCAAAUCUUAAUAGCCGGAGAAUAUUCCGACAGGAAAUACACCCAUGGGACCCACCUCACCCGGUUGACUAUUCAAGACGUGAUCGCGUCAUCCGUACGAUCAGCUCCGUUUACUGUAGAUCAUAAAAACGGGAUUUACCUCGUACUAACUUCAGUGGACGUGACCGUAGAGGAUUUCUGCCGGGCGGUUUGUGGGUUUCACUAUUUUACGUUUCCAUCAAAAGUGGGGUACACUUUACCGUACGCGUGGGUGGGUAAUUCGGGUAAACAGUGCCCCGAAGUUUGUGCCUACCCGUUUGCGGUACCGGGUUAUAUGCGGGGUGGCGGGCCGGGUUCGCUUGCCCCGCCCAAUGGAGAUGUUGGGGUGGACGGGAUGAUUAGUGUGAUCGGGCAUGAAUUAGCCGAGUUGUCGUCGAACCCGUUGAUUAAUGCUUGGUACGCGGGGGAAGACCCGACCGCGCCGACGGAGAUCGGGGAUUUGUGUGAGGGGUUAUACGGGUCGGGUGGGGGAGGUGGGUAUAUUGGGGAAGUGAUGAGGGAUGGGUCGGGUCGGACUUAUAACAUGAAUGGGAAAAGAGGGAGGAAGUUUUUGGUGCAAUGGAUAUGGAGCCCCGUUUUGAAGGCAUGUGCGGGUCCGAAUGCUAGAGAUUGAGUGGUGGGUUGUACCGUGUGCAAGAAAAGUGGUACAUACACAUGGGGAGAUGUUACAUCACAUAGGGAUGGGGAGAUGUUAAAUCGUUUGUGUUUCAAAGCCUAAAGUUAAGGGGAAAGGAUGGAGUGAUGGGAGUUGGGGAGGAAUUAUUUCUUUCUUAAUUUGAUUGAUAGAUUUUAUUUAUUAGAACCGAAUUUUAACCUUUUAUAUAUAUAUAAAGAAAUUUGUUUUUAUA